GCUGUCAUUAAGUAUAUAUACAUAGAAAUGCAUAUAAAAUGUGAAAUAUAUUUCUAAUAUAUAAUCUCUAUUUUAAACGAUAGAAAAAAUAAUAAAAUUUUCUUAUUAAAUACGAUAAUUAAAAUAAUGAACAUUUAUAAAUGAUUUAUAAUCAUAUAUCACAUUUGUAAAUCAAUGAUUUGUAUUUCCGGUUACCAUACAUAUGACGAUCUCUCUUUCCGACUAACACUCGUUAAAAUUAUACCAGAAUGAAGGCAAAAGGAGAACUGAAAGAAUAUGAGGUCAUUGGGCGUAAACUCCCAACAGAAAAGGAGAAAACACCUCCUUUAUAUAAAAUGAGAAUAUUUGCACCAGAUGCAAUAGUUGCCAAAUCAAGAUUUUGGUAUUUCCUGCGUCAGUUGAAAAAGUUUAAGAAAUCAACUGGAGAGAUCGUAUCACUUAAACAGAUUCCAGAAAAGACUCCAAUAAAAAUAAAGAACUUUGGAAUUUGGUUGCGAUACGAUUCUCGAUCUGGAACACACAAUAUGUACAGAGAAUACAGAGAUUUAUCUGUUAGCGGAGCUGUAACUCAAUGUUACAGAGAUAUGGGAGCACGUCAUCGUGCACGAGCUCAUUCAAUUCAAAUAAUUAAAGUUGAAGUGGUAAAGGCUGCAAAUUGUCGAAGACCACAAGUUAAACAAUUCCAUGAUUCAAAAAUUAAAUUCCCAUUACCUAAAAGAAUACAUCAUAAAAAUCGUAUGCCUCUCUUUAGUGUUCGUAAACCACGCACUUAUUUCCUUUAAGUGUAUUUACAUACAGCCUUUUAUAAAUUAAUGCUCUAAGUAUAUAAUUCUAAACUAAUUAAACCGAAUAUUAAU